CAAAAAGGAAAAGAAAAUGGCUAUUUCGUGGUCAAAUGAGGAGGUGCAGACUUUCCUCUCGCUGAUUGCAGAGGAGCGGAUCCAGCGAGAGCUUGAUGGGUCUGUGCGGAAUGAAAAAGUUUUUCAAGAAGUCGCGCAGCUCAUGGCCGCACAGGGCUAUAAUCGCACCUACAAACAAUGUAGGGAAAAGUUAAAGAAGAUGAAAAGCGACUACCGAGCCAUAAAGGACCACAAUGGCAGGAGUGGGGCGAAUAGAAGAGUCUGGAAGUGGUUUGAUUUAAUGGAUGGUAUAUAUGGAAGUAGACCGGCGAGCAAUGGGAGAGAAGGUGCCCUCGACACGGCCGAAAACACGCAGGAGGAUGAUUCAUUGUCUACGAUUGAUGCAUCAUCUAUUUUUUCUCAACAUGAUGCAUCAUUGUCACAGAUUGACCUGGCACCGCAGACACCAGCACGACCGCAGACACCAGCACGACCACAGACACCAGCUCGACCACCGACACCAUCAACCUCCGGCAGCAACGUUAUGACCCCGGUGCCUGUUGUCACAGGAAAGAGGAAACGAGGCAAUCAACAUCAGGACCAUCUCUCUGUUUUAAGAGAGAUGCAGGCUGCUGAUAUAAGGCAGCAAGAACUAAACCGUGAACAAUUGCAGGUGGCACUUGAUGAUGCCCGGCAAGCAAGGGAAGAGGAGACAGCCUUGAGGAGGGAGGAGCUUAGUCAAACGGCGUCCUUUAAUCAGGCUUUCCUUGGUAUUAUGGGGAUGCUUGUACAGGCAAUGACUGGUCGUAGAGAACCAAACUCUACAUAAAAACUAUUUAAUUUUUUUUGGCUUUAUUUAAAUUUUGGUAUUUAUAUAUGCCAAUGUAUAUAUGUCAGCUACACCUUCACAAAAAACAGUUUGAUGUUUACACACAUUUUCAAUAUAAGGCCGAGUUGUAUAGUGCAUACAUUUUUGCACCAAGUGUUUUUAAACUUUUUGUGUUUGUUUAUUUACAUAUGUAUCCAUUUAUUUGUCACAACAUUUGCACCCUACAGUUUGAUGUGUACCCUUUUAUCUCUAUAACUUCCUGUUUUAA